GCAGCGGUCGGCGAUUUCUCCGUGCUCAGUGGUUCUCAGGCGCUGCUGGUGACAGGUCUCAUAGGGCAACACCAUGUCCCGCGUCGCCCUCUUCGUUCUCCCGCUGCUGGCGGCUAUGUGCUUGGCUGACCCAACCAUUCAUUUUCAAGAAGAGUUCGCCGACGGAGACGGGUGGAAACAACGUUGGGUGGAGUCGAAGCACAAGUCAGACUACGGCGAGUUCAAGCUUAGUGCCGGCAAGUUCUACGGAGAUCCCGAGAAAGACAAAGGUCUGCAGACCACCCAGGAUGCCCGCUUCUAUGCCCAGUCUGCCCGGUUCAACUCUUUCUCCAAUAAGGGUAAAACACUGGUCAUCCAGUUCACCGUCAAGCACGAGCAGAACAUUGACUGUGGGGGAGGAUACGUGAAGGUCUUCCCCGGCACUUUGGACCAGUCUGACAUGCACGGAGAGUCAGAGUACAACAUUAUGUUCGGCCCUGAUAUUUGUGGUCCUCCUACAAAGAAGGUGCACGUCAUCUUCAACUACAAAGGAAAGAACCUGCAGAUCAACAAGGACAUCCGUUGUAAGGAUGAUGUUCACACUCAUUUGUACACACUGAUUGUGCGUCCUGACAACACCUACGAGGUGAAGAUUGACAACAGCAAGGUGGAAUCUGGAAACUUGGAGGACGACUGGGACUUCCUUCCCCCCAAGAAGAUCAAAGACCCUGAGGCCAAGAAGCCUGAUGACUGGGAUGAGCGCCCCAAAAUCGAUGACCCAGAGGACAAGAGACCAGAAGACUGGGACAAGCCAGAGCACAUCCCUGAUCCAGAUGCAGUGAAACCAGAAGACUGGGAUGAGGAGAUGGAUGGAGAGUGGGAGCCCCCCGUUAUCCAGAACCCAGAGUACAAGGGAGAGUGGAAACCCCGUCAGAUCGACAACCCUGACUACAAAGGAAAGUGGGUCCACCCGGAGAUCGAUAACCCAGAGUACACCCCAGAUUCUGACCUGUACGCCUUUGAGGACUUCGGUGUGAUCGGCUUUGAUCUGUGGCAGGUGAAAUCUGGAACCAUCUUUGACGACGUCUUGAUUACAGAUGAUGAGAAACACGCAGAGGAGCAUGCCUCCAAGACAUGGGGUGUCAGAAAGGAUGCAGAGAAAAAGAUGAAGGAACAGCAAGAUGAGGAAGAACGCAAGAAGCAGGAGGAAGAGGAUAAGAAGAGGAAAGAGGAAGAGCCUCAGGAAGAGGAAGCAGAAGCAGAGGAGGACGAUGAAGAUGACGACGAUGAGGAAGAGAAGGAGGAAGAAAAGGAAGACGAGGAAGAGGAAGAAACACUCCAGAAAGAUGAGCUUUAAAGUUGAAGGCUUGUUUGUCCUCCCUACCAGCGCUCCCCUUCCCUGGGCGUCAUGUCUUAGAUAGGAGAGGGGAAAUGGGAUCGUUCUGUCUCUAUGAGACUCUCUAAAUUUAUAUAUAUUUUUUACAGUUUUUGUUUUAACCCUUUAUUUGGAGACGGUCUGUCAAUCCUCCCCUCCCCAUCUCCUCUCUCCUGACUUCAGUUCUGUGUCCAUCUCCAGUGCAAGUGUCCAUUGCAGUAAGCGCACCCUCACUGCAGUACUUGGCGGUUCUGCUGACUUGUGCUUCACAGGAACCGUCCCCCCUCUUUUUCCUUUUUAUCCAUCUGAGGGGCUUGUGGGGUGCGAAGACCAGUCAUGGCACCCGGUGUGUGCUGCCAUAUUCACAAUCAUUCCUUGAACCCCCACCCCCCCUAGACCCGGGUCAUUCAUUGCAGUAUCAAGAUUCAGUGUUCUUCAGCUUCUUAGAGCUUUAUAGCAUCAGACUGACCCUGCAGUGCCAUUGUGGUACCGGUCUGCUGAUCUGCACCACCGUGAUUACUAGUUAUGGGGAGCAGAAUAGCCCCCCGCUAAGGUGACAGCUGACUGUUUAGGUAAAUGUCUCACCUACCCUUUGUCAGCAGGGCUUGCCAUGUGAUUGCCAGUCUGGCUGUAGAAGAGCUUGCACUCUAGUAAGCCAUGUCAACUGCUGUUUCUAUCUGGACUUGACAUCUGACCACAAGUGUUUAAAUUGACUUGCCAACAUAUGCCCCUCAGUGUCCUGUGACGUGGUGAAACGGGGCCCUGGGCCCCUCUGAGAACCCACCCUGCUUCAGGCUGUAUGCUAUUAAUUUAUAGUGACGCAGGGCUCUUCGCCAGAAUGUAUGAAUGGGUUAUGUUUUGGAAAUGUACAGAUGUCGGUUAAAAUUUCUAAUUAAAUACAUUGUGUCCAAAC